UCACUUCGUAUGUCAUCUUUUGAAGAACCAACAAGAGACCCAGAUGUUUUUGGCCCACCACCUGCACGAGAUCCAGAUGUAUGGCCCUCUCCAACAUCUGCAGAUCACAGCCGGUCAGCACCUCAGGUCAAACCUACAAGGGGACCUAGGAGGCAGGACACUGGGAAAAAUGCCGCUUCUGGAAGGGGAACCAAAUCAACUAGUUCGAAGAAGGGUGGAGACAGUAAGGGAAGUAGAAGAGGGAGAGAUGACAAAUCAUCUGAUCGUAAACUUAAAAAGGAGCCUUCUGAGAAGAAAGAUGAAAAGAGUGGUGAUAAAGGAGGCGAAGGACGGUCAGGAAAUGAAGAAGAUGAAGAGAAGAAGUUUGAUCCCAGUGGAUAUGACCGGGAUCUUGUGGAUAUGCUGGAAAGAGACAUAGUUCAGAAGAAUCCAAGUAUUAGAUGGACUGACAUAGCUGACUUGCAUGAAGCCAAGAGACUCCUUGAGGAAGCUGUUGUUUUGCCCAUGUUAAUGCCAGACUUUUUCAGGGGUAUUCGUCGUCCAUGGAAGGGAGUUCUAAUGGUUGGACCACCAGGAACUGGCAAGACUAUGCUUGCAAAAGCUGUGGCUACUGAGUGUGGAACAACGUUCUUCAAUGUUUCAUCAUCAACUUUGACAUCAAAAUAUAGAGGAGAAUCAGAAAAGCUUGUCCGACUUCUUUUUGAAAUGGCAAGGUUUUAUGCCCCAAGCACAAUUUUUGUUGAUGAAAUAGAUUCUUUGUGCUCUAGAAGAGGCUCAGAAUCUGAGCACGAAGCUUCAAGACGUGUUAAAUCAGAGUUGCUGAUGCAGAUGGAUGGUCUUCAGUCUACUGACUCAGAUGAACCAAAGGUGGUAAUGGUACUUGCUGCCACUAACUUCCCUUGGGAUAUUGAUGAGGCACUGAGGAGGAGAUUGGAGAAAAGAAUUUACAUUCCACUUCCAACUCAUGAAGGCAGGGAAGCACUGCUGGCCAUUAAUCUGCGUGAAGUGAAACAGGAUGAGUCUGUGAAUCUUGCUGAAAUAUCAGCAAUGCUGGAAGGGUAUUCAGGAGCUGACAUCACUAAUGUUUGCAGAGAUGCUUCUAUGAUGGCUAUGAGACGUAAAAUAGCUGGCUUGACACCAGAUGAAAUCCGUGCCUUACCAAAGGAGGAGCUUGACCUUCCUGUAACCCAAGAAGAUUUUCAUGAUGCCAUUCUUAAAUGUAAUAAGUCUGUCUCCCAAGAUGAUCUGGAGAAGUAUGAGAUGUGGAUGAAGGAGUUUGGGUCUUCUUGAGGGCAUAUUACCAUCCAGGAUUUAUUAAAGACAAACUCUUCACUCUUCACUGAAGCCAUCCCUAUGAGAGUUAAGUGUUUUGAUACUGAGGUUUGUUAAACUUUUACCUGUAAUAAUAAUAUUAACUGUCUGAGAUGGAGUUGAUCAGGAUAGUUUCAACUUGGAAACUUUGUCAGAAUCAUUAUUUUCAAUUUAUCCAAUUAUCAGUGUCAGAAUCUUUAUUUUCAAUUUCUGAGAGGUUUGGUUAAACUAAUCUUUUAUCCUAUUUUCAGUUUAUCCAAUUAUCAGAUAAUGAUAACAAUCAUAACUUGGUUGUCAUAGAUCUUUUGAAUUUGGGCUGAAGGUUUCUGUGAUCAAGCAAGAAAUGUCCAGUCAUAAAAGAGUACGUAAUUCAUGAUCUUGUGAUUAUGCCAAGCUGUCCACACUAUUGCUAACUUACAAUAGUGUUUGGAUAUUACUAAACUGCAGGAAUCCUUACUCUUAUGAGGUCUGAUUACAAAUUGGGCUAUGUUUAUGAGUAGUACGUACUUUGAUCUCUUCUCAUGGAAGCUUUUUACAGUGGUUAUUUGUUGGUAUAUCAUUAUUUGCUUAUUAUUACAUUAAAAGGUUAAUUUCAUAACAUUGGAAGGGUAAUGUGACUAUAUCACAGGUUAAAUUUAAUUUUUUGUGAAAUUUAUAUUGAAUACAUGUUUGGUUCAGUUUUGCUUAACUUUUAUAGAUUUAGAAUUUUAAAUGCAUUCAAAUAUUUCACCCUGAGCAAGAUCAUUGCUUCUCUUGAAAUGACAUUGCCCUAUUCAUUUAAGUUGUCAGUAAUGCAACAUAAUUUUCUUUUACUCCCCUUGACUGAUGAUCAAGUGCUAGUGCAUCCUUUUAGUAAAGAUGCCUGAAUUGAUUAUUUGCUGGCUUGAUUCUAUAUUUACCAUGACUCGCGAUUCUUUUUUCUACAUUCCAUUCUUGUCAUGUGUUAUGAUAAGUUCCAUUUUACAGUGAUAUCAUUACGGAUAUAUAUUGGCAGAAGUUUUACAGGUUUUGCUUUAUUUAGACAUUGUUAUACAGCAAUAUUAUUCAAGAAGUUAGCUGAUGCAGAUAGUUUUUUUUAUGUUAUGAAGGUUUUGUUUUUACUUUUGCAAGUCCAUAUUUGCUUAGGUUGGGUUAGUUUUGCAAAUACCUAAAUAUGUAACUUAAAUAUACAACUGUACAGUUAAUUUUAGACUCAACAUUCUAGAAUUUCAGUCUUUCCAAAUCCCAUUGACAUUAUCCUCUCGACGUGGUUUGGAAGUCACUUAAAGCCAUUGGUCCUGUUGCUGAAUAGCCACUGAUUUCAUGCAACGUAAAAACACCAACCAACCAACCAUUGACAUCAUUUACAAAGUUUGAUGACAAAGUAAUGUGUGCU